UGAAGGUGGAAGGGAGAAGGUCCAGUUUUUAAGACACGCAUCAAGACUGCUUUGGUUUUUAAUUUAAAGAUCAGCAAGGCCCUCUGUCGCCCUCAUGUGGCUCUAUGUGGUGGUACUGCUGGCAGUGCUCUGGGUGCUGGGCUGGCUCUGGAGGGACAGUCUGCUGGUUGGUAAGAUCUCAGAGAAGUUUGUUUUCGUGACGGGCUGUGACUCCGGCUUUGGGAAUCUGCUGUGUAAGAGAUUGGACCGGCAGGGAUUUCGAGUGCUGGCGGGAUGUCUGACACAGAAAGGAGCAGACGAUCUGCAGAGGAACUCCGGACCCAAUCUGAAGACUGUCCUCCUGGACGUCACUGACAGCGCCAGCGUACAGAGGGCUGUAGAGUGGGUGCAGGGGGAAGUGGGGGAGCGAGGUCUCUGGGGGCUGGUGAACAAUGCCGGGCGUUCUGUUCCCAUGGGCCCCACCGAGUGGAUGCGGAUGGAGGAUUUCCACAGCACUCUGCGGGUCAACAUGCUGGGCGUGAUCGAGACCACCCUGGGCUUCCUGCCUCUGCUGAAGAGGGCCCGCGGGCGCGUGGUGAAUGUGGCUUCAGUGCUGGGCAGGCUGGCAGCCAAUGGGGGGGGAUACUGCAUCUCCAAAUUCGGGGUGGAGUCCUUCUCGGACUGCCUGAGGAGAGAUAUCCACUACUUUGGGAUCAAGGUGAGUAUCAUUGAGCCUGGCUUCUUCAAGACCGCUGUGACGAGUCUCGAGCCCAUUGAGAGAGAGCUGCACAGACUGUGGGAGCAGCUGAGCCCGGAGGUGCGGGAGAGCUACGGGGAGAAAUACUUUGAGAAGUUUUGGAAUGCCCAGUCGCUUUUCUGCUCACCGCAGCAAUUCCCCACAUCAACAUCAACAACUCGAGAGCGAUGUCAGAGAGCUGCCGAGCUCUGGAGGACAAAGCUCACAGGGGUCGCAAUGGCGUCAGUGCCAGACUCCACAAGACCAGCCUACUUCUAG